ACGAAAGUUAAUGAAUUUGAAGUUUACAGUUCUGGUUUUUCAUUUGAUAAGUGAAGUGAAUAAAGUGUUUGAUAUAAAACAAUAUAUCCCAUCUAUUGCCUUUCACAGGUCACAUUGAAGUCAGAGAGUGAGGGACAAUAUGACGAGGCUCGCAGGAGAUGGAAAAGUAUGAAAGCAUCGGCGUGGUCGGGGAAGGAUCUUAUGGCAUCGUGAUGAAAUGUCGGCACAAAGAGAGUGGAACCAUCGUGGCCAUCAAGAAGUUCAUAGAGACAGAGGACGACCACAAUGUGAGGAAGAUGGCGCUGAGGGAGAUACGCAUGCUCAAGAAGCUGCAUCACGAUAACCUGGUGAACAUGAUCGAGGUGUUCCGCCGCAAGCGACGGUUCUACCUGGUGUUCGAGUUCAUGGACCACACAGUGCUGGACGAACUGGAGGAGAACCCUAAAGGUCUGGGAGACAGAGUCACUCGGCAACAUAUGUUCCAGGUCAUCCGAGGCAUCGACUUCUGCCAUAAGAACAAUAUUGUACAUAGAGAUGUGAAGCCAGAAAACAUCCUAGUGUCUAACCAAGGUGUGAUCAAACUUUGUGACUUUGGUUUCGCUCGCCUUGUAUCGUCAGGAGGAGAAACUUAUACAGACUACGUUGCUACAAGAUGGUACCGAGCCCCUGAGCUGCUCGUUGGAGACACGAGGUACGGUAGACCUGUAGACAUCUGGGCCAUCGGCUGUCUGUUUGCCGAGCUGAUGAGUGGUGACCCUUUGUUUCCAGGGGAGAGCGACAUUGACCAACUCUACCAGAUAAUGAAAUUGCUCGGUAAACUAUGCACAAGACAUCAACAGCUGAUUGCGAAGAAUCCUCUGUUGAAGGAAAUGAGAAAAUCCAACAUAGAAUACGCAGAUGAGUUGAACCCUUCCAGGUGCCUUUAUAAACUCUUCCCUUCGUGGCCUAGUUUGACUUUGGAAAUUGUUGCAUUGUGCCUUAGGUUGGACCCAUCCCAGCGUCCGACCAGCUCUCAGCUACUGCAGCACUCGUACUUCACUCACGAUAGGUUCGCAGAGUUCUUUGCUCCUGAACUGCGAAAAAAAGUGGAACAGGAGUUUCAAGGGAACCCUCUGCUGAGUAAAAUUUACCUGCAACUUGUGGACACAAGCCUGGAAAAGAAAGGUUCCGCAGAACUCGGUCCUCCCAGACGCUCUAGCCAGGUGGAGCCUCCUAGAUGGAAGAUGAACUACGGAGGAAACACAUCCAUGGUGGAGAGACAGCAGACACUGAGAGAUCUAGACGGCAUUUCCAUGGGUAAGCGGCUCACCCUGGACUGUGGGUCUCCUAUGGAAAUCGGUGGAGAUGAUGACGUCGGUGAGAACAACAACAACGUCAAAUUCCUCAACAAGUACUCUCCAUUGUUGGGAUCUCUGAAGCCUCUCCAUGACAAUAACCCACAACAUCACUCUCUCACCCCCACCACUCUGUCGCUCCAUACCGAGCCACAGUUGCCAACCCCGCAACACUCGCUGCAUCCGGCCGUCACUGUCAGCAACAUUAGCCUCAGCUACAGGAAUGACAACAAUAGCAAGAAGUCUAUCGGACCUCCCAAGCCAGGGAUGGGAGUCGUACCUCGGGCUCCUGUCGUCCGCAAGCUGGAACAGAGACUCACCAUGGACAUGGAGCCUCGUCCCGCGUGGAGACCUCGAGGACCUCUCGAUGACUUCUCCCUGCCCAACCUACCUGGAGCUUCUCUCAGUCCACAUAAAAUAAACAAGAAGAAAUUGAAUCCAGUUCAUUCCCAUGGAAAUGUUGAUUCGUUCAUUUCGCCUGCAAUUUUACAUGCCAAUCCCAACAAGAUGAGGUACUGGAUAAGGCCAGCUAAAUGACAUCAAAGCACUCUGACCUAGAUGCAGAAAUCAAGAUCUCCCUCCAUAAGCCCACACUCCAGAGUGGUCAAUAACCUUCCAUUUGUGUAAAUACUAUUGGCCACUUAAUGUUGAAAUUAUUUGUAAAUAAGCCAUUGUUGUUGCCCUAUUUCGACUUAAAUUGUAAAUAUAGCUUAGUGUUUGUGAUAAAACUAUUUAAUAAAGCUAAAUUGUUG